GUUAUCUCCAUCAAAGUGCACCCUUACAUCAGGUGUCCCCAUCAAAUUUUCCCCAUACAUCAGGUGUCCCCAUCCAAGUGUCCCCUUACAUAUGAACAGUUAUCCCCAUCAGAGUGCCCCUUACAUCAGGUAUCCCUAUCAGAGUGCCCCCUUACAUCAGGUAUCCCCAUCAGAGUGCCCCUUACAUCAGGUGUCCCCAUCAGAGUGCCCCCUUACAUCAGGUGUCCCCUUACAUCAGGUGUCCCUAUCAGAGUGCCCCCUCACAUCAGGUGUCCCUAUCAGAGGGCCCCCUCACAUCAGAGGGCCCCCUCACAUCAGGUGUCCCCAUCAGAGGGCCCCCUUACAUCGGGUGUCCCCAUCAGAGUGCCCCUUCACAACUGGUGUCCCCAACAGAAUGCCUCCUUACAUGGAUUGUCUCCAUCAGAGUGCCUCCUU